GUUAGAACUACUACCCGACUAUACGCAUCUCCUUUUAUUACCCUCCCUACCAUGACAUCUACAUCCGCAUUAUAAUAGGGUGCUUCUAUACCAUCAUGUCUCUCAAUUGCCAUUGCAAUCGAUGGUUAUUGCAAGCCCUCAUUUCUCCAACAAGACCUGCACUGACUCCCUCUCGCCGCAUCUGCUUAUGGACGGCAUCCAAUCCAUCAUAUUAUAAUCGCAACAGCAAUUCCCAACAACCACUUCGGAGGUCCUAUAGCAGUCCCACUAGCAAGCGACAACCCCUUGAAUCCAAAUCCUCCACCUCCGCCUCCACCUCCGCCUCUCAUUCGCCUUGUUCUCCCUCAUCCCCUUCCAGACGGCCUUCACCUUCAUCCAAAGCCUGGGCUCACAGCAAGUCCGGCGGGCCAUCGAUCGAAAUCCUCACACCCACAACAGCGAAGCCCAAGUCUGCAGGUCGCAAAGGGAAAGACAAAGACAAUAGUGGUAGUGGCGGAAGAGAUAGGAAACCUAGACAUCGUUCAGAUGAUGGAGAUGGACAGAGCACAAGUCGGUUGAGCAGCCGCGGCAACCUGCGUGCAUCCAAUAAAAACGUACCACAAGACAACGGGCGAUUCAUGUCCAAAGAAAAAAGGGCUCUCUUUUUGCCCAAGAACCCCGAAACAUGGCAGGUCCAGAAAAAGGCCUUGACCAAGAAGUUUGAGGGCGGUUGGAAUCCUCGCAAGAAACUCUCUCCCGAUGCCGUUGAAGGCAUUCGAGGUUUGCACGCCCAAGACCCCGAAAAGUAUUCGACAGAGUCUCUAUCGGAGCAUUUCAAGGUCUCUGCAGAAGCCAUCCGCCGCAUCUUGAAGAGCAAAUGGAGGCCAAAAGACGAAGCAGCCAUGCAGGAGCGCAGAGAGAGAUGGGCUCGCCGCCACGACAGGAUCUGGGACCAAAAGUCUGAACUUGGUCUUCGCCCCAAGAGAACCAGUAACAGACGUGUUGAGCGACCUGACGAAUUCGAGGAGAAUUUGAAAGCAGAGGAAUUGUUACGCAGUGCUAGACAAGAUUGAUUCUGAAGCCUAUAGCUGGCUGAACUAAUGCACUGCAGAUCAUCUCGGUCACAGUCACGUCUUGCGAUAGAUAGCACUAAUGCCACGGCUGCCAUGGUUGACCUGCAACAACACCUUCUGCAGACACGAUCUGCGUCACCAAGCUUCACCUUUGCGUGAGUUCCUUGUUUGUACAUGUGCACAGCUCUGAAUCCCUGUCCCCCAAGGUUCGUUGCUGC